GGAGAGAAACCUUAUGAAUGUAACCAAUGUGGUAAAGCCUUUGGACAUAAAAGUAAUCUCCUAAUACAUAAAAGAACUCACACUGGAGAGAAACCUUAUGAAUGUAUUCAAUGUGGUAAAGCCUUUGUAUGUUACAGUCAUCUCCAAGUACAUGAAAGAACUCAUACUGGGGAGAGACCUUAUGAAUGUAACCAAUGUGGUAAAGCCUUUGUAUGUUACAGUCAUCUCCUAACACAUGAAAGAACUCAUACUGGGGAGAAACCUUAUGAAUGUAACCAAUGUGGUAAAGCCUUUGCAGAUAACAGUGAUCUCCUAAGACAUAAAAGAACUCACACUGGAGAGAAACCGUAUGAAUGUAACCUAUGUGGUAAAGCCUUUGCACGUAAUAGUCAUCUCCUAAGACAUAAAAUAACUCACACUGGAGAGAAAACUUGUGAAUGAAACCGAAGUUGGUAAAGCUUUUGCACAGCACAGUCAUCUCGUAGUACUUAAAAGAGUUCACACUAUAGAGAAAUGUUAAGAAUGUAUCCAAUGUGAUAAAGACUAUGCAUUUCAGAGUAGUCUCUGAAAACAUAAAAGAACACACCCAGGAGAAAAAAAAAUCCUUAUGAAUGUAAUCACCUUUGUAUAACACAGUCAUCUCCUAAACCAUAAAAAUACAUAUUG